AUGCACUUUUUUGGUCUGCGUAAAGAUUUUCAAGAACUUAAGAGGUUCUCCAGAGAACAACAGACUCUACCAAAUCAUUUUUACUUCACCGACUACGAAAGGCACAACGCCGAAAUUGCUGCGUUUCAUCUCGACAGGAUAUUGGGGUUUCGGAGAGCAAUGCCGGUCAGUGGCAGAUUGGUGAACAUCACGUCUGAACUUAUGGCCCAGGUGACCGCGUCCGAUUUGUUGAAAACAUUCUUYGUGUCACCCGACAAAAAUGUGUGUUUUCACGGACAGUGUUCCUACUACUGUGACACGUCGCAUGCCAUUUGUGGAAAUCCAGACAUGUUGGAGGGCUCAUUCGCCGCGUACUUGCCAUCCCAAGAGGUUUUGGAGAGAAAGACAUGGAGGCAUCCGUGGAGACGCAGCUACCAUAAGCGGAAGAAGGCUAAAUGGGAAACAGAUCCAAAUUAUUGCGAAUUAGUCAGAAACCUGUCGCCGUACAAUAGUGGUCGCCGGAUGUUGGAUAUUAUGGACUUGUCCGUGUUCGACUUUCUCAUGGGCAACAUGGACCGUCAUCAUUACGAAACGUUCACCCUGUUCGGAAACGACUCAUUUCCUAUUCAUUUAGACCACGGUCGGGCGUUUGGCAAGGCGUUCCACGACGAGAUGAGUAUAUUGGCUCCAAUCAUACAGUGUUGUCAUAUACGAAAAUCUACGCUUGAAACAUUGCUAAGGUACAUUGCUAUUUAUUGUUUGUUCUACGUUAAUUAACAUG